CUAAGAAACCAAUAUUUAUCGCUGCAAAACUUGACGCAAACAUUCUUUAAAAACUUCCUUGCGCUCAGACAGCUUAACUUAGCCGGAAAUAAUAUGAGAAUGUUGGAACCCAACAUCUUUGUAGCGCUAACGCAAUUGAAUUGUCUCAAUUUGAGCGGUAAUGAAAUCCGUGAAUUGCCCAAAAGUCUGUUUGCGUAUCAGCCUCAACUUCUCAGACUGGAUCUGAGUUACAAUUCAUUGACAUAUUUAACGCCACACCUUUUCGAUCACACUCCUUGGCUAUGGCAGUUGAAACUUGGUGGCAAUCAAUUGCACCACACUACAAAUCUUAUGGAAAAUCUGAAACCGCUGCGUUAUCUACAUAGGCUAGACGUGAGCCAGAAUCAACUGCAAACUUUUUGGAGCACCGAGACUUCCGUCAAUAGAACGCCAAGUUUACUAACAAAUUUUCGAUACAGCAUGAAUUUGGCUUUAGCUGACGGCCUUAAUUAUAUUAUCAAGUUGCAACCAGAAAAUUACGAAGGUGGCAAGAUUAACUCAACUGUAAUCAAUUUAAGUGGCAAUCGCUUGCACGAAUUCACUUUAGAUUGGCUUGUAGCAACGAACAUUACAUGCCCUUUAGAAAUAAACCUAGAGCACAAUCUGAUUGAAAACAUCUUUGCUUUACAAAAUUUCUUCAGUAUGACUGAGGAUUGUGCUCCCGAAAUCAAAAUGACUGGUAAUCCGAUCGUGUGCGAUUGUAAAUUUGCUUGGAUUUACAGUGAAAACUAUCGUUCGCUGUUCAAUGGUUUACAGUGCGUUCAGUCGUCAACCAAACUAGUAAAAGAUCUUGCGCAGCUGGAACGUAAAGAACUGUGUGCUUGGGAAGCAGUAAUGUGCCCCAGAGAAUGUAAUUGUUACACACAAUUUGAGUUCGUGCACAUCAAUUGCAAGGGUGCGCAACGUAUCGAACAGCUCCCACGUCCCGAGCAAGUUGGGCUCAAGAGUUCAGUACUCGAUAUUAGCAAUAACAAUUUAAUUGUUUUGCCGCUAAACACCACCUUCGGCUAUGGUAACGUUUCGCAACUCAACGCGUCGUACAAUAAAAUCACGAGCAUAAAUAUCAGUCAACUGCCAACCAAUUUGACGGUUUUGGAUCUACGAAAUAAUCGUUUAAAUUCUUUAAAUGAUGAGUUUUUGCGUGCAUACCUCAAUGACAGCACAAAACUACAAUUUCUCUAUCUAAGUGAAAAUCCUUGGAUUUGCAACUGUUCCACGCUGCAACUGCUGUACACCAUACGUACCCAUCGGACACGCAUACCCGACGCCGACCAGUUACUCUGCGUUAAUCAGCCCAACGAUACACUUCUAAUAGCAAAUAAGUGAAAGUCUGGUUAUAUAGCCACAACAUAUUGAG